UCUAGGUUUUCCUAUGCCUAUGAAUUACUUCUUGAUGUAUUUUCUGAAAAGCAGGAUUGUGAUGACUGAUGAAACAUGUUAUAGUCUAGUAAUUAUCUGAAGAUAUUUUGAGGAUUAUUUGUUAAAAGAAUUGCAUUGGAAGUCUAGUUGCCAUGCUCAAAAGGAGUUAUUUUUAGACGUGCAUUUUUCUUAUUUCUUCUUGUUUGCAUAUUUCUUGGGAUGACCUUGAGAAGCUUAUUAGUAUUAGAAUUAUUAUCCUUAGUAGAGUAAGACUGUUGCUAUUACCAUUUAUGACAAUUGGAUGCCUGCGGUUCCGAAGAAAUCAGACAUAAGUGACAUUCCAGAGUCUAGACAUUCAUAAGAUGAAGUCAUUUGAUCAAAUGCUACUUUAGCCCUUGUGAUUAGGUUUCAGUUCUGAGAAUAAACUCGUUGUUGUCUGAAUAAAAUCAUUAAGGCUAAGGCAUUGCAAUGCUGUAACUUCUAUUUCCCUUUGGUGCGGCCCUUAUCCGGACCCUGCAUAAUAGGGAUGAAACUUGAGCCGACCUGACCUACUCCGCCCCAAAUGGGACGGGUUUUUCAACUGUUGACUGGGUUUUGGGGUGGGUACAGGUAUUACUUGAUGAUAAUUAGUUGGAUAUGAGAGCGGAGAUGGGUAGUGGUUGCCCCGCCCCAUAUCUGUCUCAUACUCACCCCGAACAUACACAAAUGAGUGUUUGAGAUAGAUUAUCGGAUUUGAUGAAUUUAAACAUUUUAAGAUUGCUAAGGAUUUGCAAUGUGGCCACUUUAAUUGUAUUUGGAACUUACAUGAUUUUUAUAGUAUUUGGUAUUUUAGUUUCAUAGGCUAUAGAUUAUUCUGUGAAACGCUUGAUGCUUUACUCCACGGCUGCCCAUUUUUAUUCCCCAGGGUAAUAGAAGCAUUGGACUUUCCUUUCUCUCCAUUCGGUUACAAAUGGGCUUGGGCUUCGGGCCUAAUGGGAGGCAAAAAUUGAACUAACCCAUCCUAAAUUCCAAACCAACUGAACUUAGUUGGCUCGGACUUUGCUUUUUGAAGUAGCCAAACAGAUAGAGAUAUUUGAGUACGCUGUUUAACACUUUGAGUUGUAAUAACAUUUGCAGCCCUUAGAUUUUGUUAUUGAAAAAAGUAUAGAAGAGUGCAAAUGCCUCCAUUAAAGUUGCACAACCUUAAAUUUCAAGUUGGGGAUUCACUAGAGUCAAAGUCCUUCCAGCGAGGUUAUCGUGGUGCAUGGUUUCGGUGCAAGAUCAGAGAAAUUCGCCAGAAAAAUGAUAUGGUGACCUACCUGCUGGAGUAUAUUGACUAUCCUGACCAAAAGCCUAUUUGGACCAAGAUAUAUCAGAAGGGCCCAACUAGUAUUAGCAAAUCAAAGAGAUCCAAUAUGGAGUUGAUGGUGCGACCUUCAUUUCCUACCAUCUAUCGAGAAAGUGAAAAGCCCGAUAUCAGUGCCAUCUCAGGAGUGAUCAUUAUUGUUGAUAACACAUGGAAGGUGGGGGAUUUGGUUGAUUGGUGGAAAGAUGAUUGCUAUUGGUCAGGAAGAGUGACUAAAAUACUGAGAAAUGAUCAAGUUAAGAUUGAUCUGCUGCCAGUUCCAUUUGGCGAGGGGAUGUCUGAUGUAGCUUCAAGCAGGGACCUGCGCCCUUCAUUGGAUUGGUGUCCGGAAAAGGGUUGGACAGUGCCUAUGCCCACUUUGCAGGAGGGUGGACACGGGCGUGUUUGUGCUGAGAUAGUUAAUCCACCAAGUACAGGGAUUAACAUCCAUGCUUCGGACGGAGCAGUGGAGGUUGGUCAGCCUGCAGUAAGGACAUAUUCUUCACACUCUUCUCAGAAUUCAAUAGUGAAGAGAAAGCAAUUUGACACUACUGGAAACCGUACGGAGAUUGAUGAAAUUGACAGUAAAAUCAGAAAAACUUGUUUUUCUGAUAGCAUUUCAAGUUCACACAGUAUGGAUGCAUCAAUUGGAAAUACGGAAAGGAUUCCCACAAAUGGUGAAUCCAAUAAUCAUGAGUAUCCCUCAAAAAAGAUGAGAAGCAGCGAUAGCCUUGGUUUGAAUUGCAUGUCUUCCAAUACAAUAGAAGCAGCAGUUUUGGACUUGGAGGAACUUGUAAAUAGGAUCAAAUGGUUAAGGGGUAUACUGAAUUUUGGGAUUCCAUCUUCAUGUACUAAGCAACCAUCUUGGGAAUUUUCCCAACACCAUGCAACCUAAUGUUAGACCUCAGGCUAAUAUGAUUUGGUGUUGAAUACUUUAUACAUAGUAUACAUUUCCUAUUUUCGGCUU